AGAUUCGUCUCGCUACUAAAUAACAAACCAUGUCAAACCGUAUUCAAGUUAUAUGUUUUUUGAGUGCCGUUCGUCGCAGUUUCGAAAAUUAUGCGACCCUUGCUGUACUAAAUAGAUAAACUUCGAAAGAAAACUCUCGCAUAUCAAACGCGAAGGAAGAAACAACGAUUCUGUCCCAAGAAUGAAAAUGGAGAACGACCGAUUAAGUAGUAAAGAUACGAAGGAAGAUAAGGUCGAAGCUAAGCCUAAGGAAGUAUUAGGCUUGACCACCAAAGUAGCCUUGAAUACCCUGCAUCGUGAUGUUGGACGUGUUUUACAGGAAUACCAAGAGGAUCGCAGAAGAAAUAAAAAGUACAGAAGUUGGCUGAGGGACUCUUUACACCAUCGCAGCCAAUAUACAACGCUCUGUUGGACCUCUGCUUUUGCGCUGUUGAUUAAUGCUGUUGUUCUCAUGGUCGCGUUCUUUGCGCUCAAUGAAUCAUGGUAUUCUACACUGCCAUACGAAGGACUGAUAGUCUGUUGUUUAGUAGUAUUCAAUUUUAUUUUAGUAAUGUUGGAUAAUAAAUUACGACACGAGGAAAUCCCUCAUAGAGUGAAGAUUCUUCUUGACCAACUCAACGUCGCGCGUUUAACAUGCAGAUGGAAAUCUGAGAACUAUCCACAUCUGUGCAGUCCGCAGUCACCUUGCCUGACCCUGCAGUGGACGUAUCGCGACGGCGAGAUAGUCAACUUGCCAUGGGCGUUAUUGGUGGCUGGUGACGUGAUCGUGAUGAAGCCAGGCCAGCAAGCGCCCGGAUAUUGCGUCCCUUACGACGAUCCAGAAGCGCCGGUUUUGCACAUCAGGGAAACCUACAGUCCGCCUGUGCACGGCGCCAACGAGAUCUUCUCCACGCCACAGGCCCGGGUACCCCUGAAGAACAGGAUCUACAAGCUCCAGGAGACGCCAUACCUGGCGAACCUGAGAAUGGCCCUGGACCAGGCGCUCAAUCGACCAGUCACCUAUCACAAUCGCAAGCGUCAUUUGCUGAUGAUCUGCUGCAUCGAGCACAUCGCCUAUCCGAUACUUCUGAUCGUCAUUCUGGUGGUCAAUCUGCUACGUUACCUGUAUCUAGCGGAGUAUUUCGGCACUGGCCACUGGAGCGAGAUGUUCCUGCUGCAACCGAUCGCCGUGAGUCUUCCGUUGCUGCCGCUGGUGUUUCCCUCCUGCUGGAUAUUCCUUAAUUGUUUCGGUAUGGCUCGCUUCAAGGCCUUGUACAAGCUCUAUCUGUCAACGAAGAAGCUUCAGUUUGUAGAUCCUUUCGAGGACGCGGAUAUUAAUGGUCCCAAUCAUCCGGAUGUAGUAUACAAUUGGCUCGAGCUCAAGAAAUACUUCGACAUUCUUUUCGGCAGGGAGCACAUGAUGUCGCGAUCUGCGAGUAUCUUGCACGUUCUAGGGUCUGUAACUGCCUUGUGUUGCGUGGACAAGAAGGGAAUUCUCUCGUGGCCUAAUCCCACAGCGGAGAAAGUAUUUUUCCUACGUAACGCGAAUAAGACUUUGUCGCCGAGCUCGAGCACCGGCAGCGUGAACAAGACAACGGACAAAACCCAGGAGUCCGAGGAGACGAAGGUGAACACCAACAGAACAUCUUUUGUGCAACAUGAUAUAUCGCACUCCACCGCCGAGGUGUUGGAUCUCACGCACGACCACGCUCUGCCAUUUCGGCUGCAGUUCGACGAUCACUCCUGGCGGCAGCAUCUCAACUCGCUGAAGCCGCUCGGCCUGGCGAUCCUCCUCAAUACGUGCAAUAUGGACACACAGGAACAUUACGCGCAGUUCUGCUGCCACGUGACCUGCGAGGCCCUCUACAACGAGAAUCUGGUCCCGGUUACGAACAGACGCAGAUGCCUGUGUGAACUGGCGAAGCAAAUCGGCUUUCAAGAGCAAGCACAGACAAUUUUUCAAUUGGAGCAACAACUAUGCACGUUUAGACACGUGCAACCGGAAAUGGUCAGGCGGGACAUCAAGUUCGCGCGUUCGCUGAGCAUCGCGACAAAGUUGAAGUUCCCGUUUCCUCACAUGGUCGCCGUAGUCGUGAAGGAGCGCACUGGCGCCGGUCUACAGUUAUUGACGCAAGGAACAGCCGAUAUAAUUCUGGACUCAUGCAUCGAAUACUGGGAUGGUCGCGAUCUCUGUCUUUCCGCGUCCGACAGGAAGAAAGUACAGGACUUCUAUCAGAGGACCAGUUUGACUUCCUACUGCACCGCGUUUGCUUAUCGACCACUGGCGCGGGCCAUCAAGGACAAGAUGUCCGAGAUAUAUCUGGAACUCCCAGCGGACAGCAAACACCUGUACACACCCCACAGGAGUCCAACCCCGCUGCCCUGGGACUUUAGAAAUGUGCUCGAUCCUAAAGUACGAGGAAUACUCGGGCAGUUUCAUUCAACAGACUCUUUGUUGUGCAAUGAAAAUAAGGAUGAUGAUGUAAGCGAUGUCGAAGGCUGUUUCGACGUUCAGUGCAAUCAAGUCUUCAUCGGAAUGGUCACCAUGCAGUAUCAAGCACAAACGGACAUGGUGCAACUGAUCGAACAAUUGGACAGGGCGUGCAUAAGGUUCGUCCAUUUCAGUAAGGAGAACGAGCUGCGCUCGCGUGUCUUCUCGGAGAAGAUGGGUCUGGAGAGCGGCUGGAAUUGUCACAUCUCGUUACUUAGCGAAGGAGCCAGGUCCGAGAGUCCAGUGGGUUGGUGGGUGAGCCAGGCGGCAGCCAUGUCCUCACCCACUCCUUCACCCACGGCCCAAUCUCAUCAGCCUAAUUACUCCUGCAUGGACGAGGCCAGCCACUUGCUUAAUCGUGUCUUACCUCGCACCAACCUAAAUAACAGCCGAGCGAUGAGUAUGUCGGCGCCGAGCGCCAUCAACACGGAUUUCACGACGGUGAAAUUUGACGACGAGACCACCGAGUGGAAUAACACCGGGACCUCGCAGCCCAAGAGCGCGAUGAGUCACAGGGAACAGGACACGAUGAGAAGCGAGGACAGCGUCCUGGUACAGAGCGUCGAUCUGGGCUCGGGUCAGGAGGCUUGGAGGUCCUUGAGCUGCCUCACCGACAGCACCGAACAAAGCGCUCCGGUCAACUUUGACCUAUCCAACAGAGCUAAACUACCGAGAGGCAUAGACAAGAUACGUCCGCACAUAGAGUUGAUCGACAACGUGCCGCUGCUAGUGUCCCUGUUCACCGACUGCAACACCACGGUAACUCGCGAGAUGCUGCACAUCAUGCAGGAUUACGGCGAAGUUGUAUGCGUCCUCGGCUCGGCCGCCAAUGCCGAGAACAUGCCGAUAUUUAUGCAGGCCGACGCCGGAGUGGCGGUGGAGCCACUGUAUCCCCAGGUGUGUCAGAAGAUGCCCGUGCUGGUGUCUACCACGGAGGACCAAGGGAUCUCUCCCGUCGACCUUAGCAGGGCUCUCAACUCCGUCGCCUGCUCGCUGAGCGUGAAGCGCGAGGAUCCCGUGGCGAUUUUUCAUCUUGUCAUGGAGGCUCGUCAUUACAUGAAGAACCUAUGGAACUGCCUGCAAUUCUGGCUAUGCUGCUCGGUCACCAUCGCCAUCACGCAGACGUUAUCGGCAUUCUUGCUGCUGCCGCCGCUGUUCUCCAUCGAUCAAAUACUCUGGCUGUGCUGUCUCAUCAUCCCCCUUUUGUCGACAUGCAUGAUUGCCACGCCGAUAGACCCGACGAUAAUGCAACGCGCGACCGGGAAAAACCAGUGCGUAGUCAACGGAGAGCUCACCCUCUUCGUGCUCUGGUGCUAUGGUAGCAAGUUCCUGCCUACGAUGAUCACAAUAAUUGUGUCGCAAUGUGUCUCCUUCCUGUCCCUCUGCCCCAUCUACCUGCCGCAGAACUCCAAGUGCCUGUACAUAUAUCCGGAUCCGCGGGACCAGAUUUGGAGCGGUUGGGGCAGCAAACCCAUCGUCAUCUUGGUCGUGCAGCAUUUCGCUCUGACCCUCAUAGUCCUACACUUUGUUACGAUAUCUGUCAGCUUUGUACAUAGGGAAUACUCGAUAUGGAGGAAAAAUCCCAUGAAUAAUUCUACCUGGUGUCUCAGCGUGCUUAUCGUAUUAUGCGUGCAGGCGGCAUUUUCCGGCGUAGUGUUCCGCAGAUUUUGGCGAGAAGAGGGCAAAAGAAUGGAGAACUUCCCGACAAACGUCCCGUUGUUCCUUUUAAUCUCUAUUCCGCUGACGUUCGCGAUCAACGAAUUAAUUAAGUGGCAAGAAAUUAAGGUCAACGUUAGGUAUCAAAAGAGAGCACGUCUAGAAUUCGGCACAAAGCUGGGAAUGAAUUCGCCAUUUUAGUUCAAUUCGCGCAUUGUUGUUUGUCUUCAAAGUAUACAACACAAAAAUGUUUAAAAAAGAAAUACGGGUAUAAUAUUAAAUAUAUUAUAAUUUAAUUAAUUAAUUGGAAGAUUAAAUUAGACAAUCUAACUUAACCUGAGAUUAAGUUAGGUAAUCUAACACAUGUUAAGAACCAACGCAGAUAAAAGUGAGCGUAAUACAAUUCCCAUUUGUAUAUAAUACUAUAAAUAUAUAUGCAUUACAAUUUAUAUAAAGUCUAUAUAUAUAUAUAUAUAUAUAUAUAUAUAUAUGUAUGUAUAAGUUUGUAUUAUUUAGACCCUCACAUAUAUUUACAGUAUUUAUAGAAGAAACACUUGUAAGCACUUUUAUCUGCGUUGUAACUUAUAGUCUGUUCAACAGAUCUUGAAUAGAUAUCUUAGAGCCAUAAAUAUAUAGAAAUAAUUAAAAAAGUAUUGUACUGAUAUUACAUUUCAGUUGUUCCAAGCAGGGAUUAUUUAGGACAGAAAUUCAUUAUAUCUUAUAAUUUUUAAUCACGUGUCAAAUAUUGCCAAAUAAUGAAAAACAGAGCACUGGUAUUUUUCUAUAGCGACGUAUAAAUUAUAAUAAUUUACGAUGUGACGAUGAACAAAGGCAAAGUCAUCAAUUACGAGCUUAAAUGAGUUGUAAUUUAUAAUAAUAACGAAAAAUCUGAGAAUAAUAAUGCUGAAAGACUUAUUUUUUCCAAGAUCUGCAAGUACCUGAUAAGUCUGAGGCAUCUUGUGUUUGGUGAUCUUUUGUUAGUGCUACGUAGUAUGCUAACUUGUACAUAAAUGUUCCUGUUGUGAUAGUAAUUUAUUUGUAUUUAGCGCGAUUUAUAGAGAUUAGGAAAGCGAUUUUAGCGAAUUUUAAAUGUACUCGGCAAGAGAUUGUGACUUUUAUCCUAAGAAAAAAAAAGAAAGUUUGAAUUCUUGGAGAAAUAUCUCGCUGGUACGAGGUUCUUUGGUUGUGAGAUAAUCCUCAGUCAGAUAUUUCGAUCGUACAAAUUUGUCGAUUUUCUCGCGAGGAAAAUGUGAUGUAAUCAUCGAGAUUUUUCUUUUUUUAAACAAAUACAGUCAAAUCUCCGCAUAA